CGAGACCGGAAGUGGGAUGGGUGUGGCGCCAAGGCCCCACCCCUUCCGGUUACGCCCCCCAAUGGGAGCGGGGAGCGCCGUGACGGGCGAUUUGAAGCCCGAGGCGGGGGCGGUGCCUGCGGCCGUUGGUGCCAUGGGAGGCGCUGAGGAGAGAGAUUGGGUUGAUGUUGCCAAUGAUCUCUUAAAGAGCUGUCAUAUAAACCAGCGCAUAACGAAUCUGUCGGAAUGUGGUGCUGAUGUGUUUGUUCGUCUUUAUGAGUCUAUCUUAGGAGAAAAAGUACCAGAUUUCAUAACUACUACUAGAAGCCAAGAAGAUGAUGCACAUAAUGUACAAGCAGUAAUAGACUCCUUGGCACUGGACUAUUUGCAGGUCAGCUUGUCACAUAUCACUGGUGAGAACAUUGUGAAAGGAGAAAGAGAAUCUAUCAGAAACCUGCUUGAAAUAUUUGAUGGUUUGUUAGAGUAUCUUACAGAAGAAGUCAGUGAAUCUUCUUCUCAGAGUAGAGAUGAGGCAAACGUGCUAUCCAACGCUGAAAUUCCAAGUGCAUUUCAAGAGCAGUUGGGAAGCAAUGCUGGACAACUUCCACAGCCUGCAAUACUCUCAUCAGGUGAACGGUCCCAGUCAGACUUUUUUGUUCCGUCUUCUGAUGUGGAAGGAUCAGAAUCUACAAGUGAAUUGAUUAAACUUGGAGAUACUGCUUAUUCAUUUUCCAAGAGAAAGGAAGAAUUCCAGUUGCCUGAAUUGUUACCAGCAGAAAAGGACGAGGGGGUGGAAGAAUCUAAAAACUCAGAGGCUAUUGCAACGUUACCAAAACACUUCUCUGAAACUGAAAAGGCCAUUGUAAAGAAAAGGGAAGAUGGAUCAGUGGAGCCUGUUCGUACCACGGAACCUCAAAAAGAGAGUUUGAGUGCCAGUGCGACAAAACUUGGGGAGCCUAUACAGCAAGCUAUUCUUUUGCUACCACCGUUUCAGCCUUCAGAAGCCAGACCUCUUUAUCCUAUAUGGAGAGGUUAUCAGAGCUCAGCCAGCCAGUCAGCAGCCUUGGUUAAUGGCCAAGGACUGAAAAUUCCUGCUCUUGAAAAAUCACUUACACAAAAAUCUGAAGAUGUUUCUGGUAGUCUUCCUCUAUCAAGGAAAAUCCCUGUAGGCACGGUGCAGUCUGUACCAUCAGCUGACGCUUCUCUGUCAUCUGCUCCUGCAGUGGGAGAGGAGGUGGUAUCAAGUGAAGCUGAGGACAAUGUGGCAAAGGUUCCUUGGGUACACGGGACCUCUACAUCUGCUUCCUCCUCGCACAAAAACCUCUCACUGUGUGCAGACCAAGUAACACCAACUCCAAUGCCUGAAUCUAGAUACCUGCCUAGAAAGAAAAGCAGAUAUGAAAAUUCUAUCACAGAUUCACUUGAAGAGUCUCUUUCCCACAGAACAACAAAGGAAAAGCAAUCUAAGCAAGAGCUUCAUCGAGCGUCAGAAAAACUCUCCCAACGCUUAAAUGAACUAGAUUUGAUGUUAAAGAGCGCUUUGGGUGGGCACACCAGAGAAGAUGACUUGGCAGAUGAUGACAACCUGUCUCAGCACAGUGACAGUGUCAUGGAUUAUCGCCAAAGAAAAGCUGAGCGAGACACACCUUAUCUCAUGUACCGAAGCAGACCACGAUCGCUUUCUCCAUCCUCGCCUUCAUCUCAGCAUCAAUUCUCUUCUGACUUGGAAGAUAAACUUAGCGGUAACGGAACAGGCCGAAUAAGGAAAAUAUGCAGCCAGCUGCAAAAAGAAAGGGACGAAAGAAUGAAAAAAGCAAAGAUGGUUGCUAAAGCUUAUGAGGAUGAACUUGAAAUUUAUGAAGCUAGGGAGAGGCUUAGACUUGCCAAGCUCAGAGAAGUCAUCAAGGAGAUGGAACAAGAAUACAAAGAAAACAUCUUUAAAGAACCUCCAAAAAUGCCUCAGCCAGUGAAAGUUUAUUCUAGAAAAACCACACCUCAGAAUCCCAAAUACAGCCAGUGGAUUCCAAAACGAGGGACUGUGAAGCCAAAGAAAGCAGCUCCAAAUUUAAAACUGGGCCUUCAGCUUGAGUGGGCUGGCGCUGAGCCGUGGGCAGUGAAAGUAAGAGACGGUGACCUCCUGUCUCAGCUACUGGAAGAGUUUCCCCACCUACAUAUUUCCCAACAUACUAUGAAUAAGAUGUGGCAGCAGCAGCGUGCGCAUACGGAACAGCUUAGGGCAGGUUCCAGCACAACUAGAUCAAGACUCCAAAGUGAAGUUCAACAAGCCCUGAAGAAGCAUGAGCUUCUUGUUGCAAUUAUGAAAAAAGAUCAAGACCACAAAAAGAGGCUGCAAGAACUUAGGCAACGUAUCUGCCGACAGAAGUGGGCUCAGAAUAAAGUGAGAGAGAAACACCAGCAAAUUGCUCGAGCCAGGAGAUAUUAUGAAGAUUACCGGGUUCAGUUACGUGCCAGGAUGAUGCGGGCUAGGACACGGGAAGAAAGGAUAUUUAAAAGCUUAUUUGAAGAAGGCUUAGAAAUUCAGAAGCAAAGACUGAAGGACCUGAGGGCGUACGCUCAAGAGAAGCGUGCUGAGCAAAGGAGACAGCAUCAAAAUGAGUUGGAGUCUAUGGAGAACUAUUACAAAGAUCAGUUUUCCAUGCUAGCAGAAGCUUUAUCUCAAGAACGCCAAGAAAUCCAAACCAGGGAGAAAGCACAAGUACAAAUGCUACAGAAAGCAAAAAGAGAAUUGAGAUCGAGGAUGGAAAAGGAAAUUCAGCAACUGCAAGCAGCAAUAAUGCAGAGCGAUGAUGACACCUUUUUUCGAGAGCUGGAAGCAGACAGACUGAAAUCUCGGCUGCAGAUGGCUUCCUUUCAGUACAGCAAAAGCAGUUUCUUGUAAGAAUCGCGGUAAAUACCACUGCAGUUCUCUGGCUCAGAUGGUGAGAAUCCUCCAGAGCUGCUCUAACAGGAAGGUGGGGUGUGGCUGUUUUUCUCAGAAAUGUGUCAUUGGGACGUGUCAGAGGGGUAACUGCUGCUGUCGGGGAUCUCUACAGCACUUUUAUCAUCACAAAUAAAAGUUUUUAAACUACUUUACUUUCUACCUUCUUAGUAGAAGAAUUCCUGCUUCAAAUUGCAGGUGAGAAGUGAUACGGACAUACUGGAAUUAACUGCACUGCAUAUGCAAUGAGAUGGCUUGUUCCGGAACUGACAACGCACUCGCUGAAUCAGGACUCAAGCACUGGGAAGGAAAAAAAGAUCUAAGCAGGAAAAAAGCGCCCCCAGCAGCUAGAGAGGCUUCCUUUACAGAUUAAACCCAAAACAGUCCCCCAGUCUAAACCAACCAGGCUGGCACUUCCAGCCCGAUACACUUCGCUUUAAAAAAAACCAAACAAACCCCCCCCAAAAUACAACAAAAACCUCCACAAUGCUAGAAACCCUGACUUCCUUAACAAUAAUUUCCAGGGAGCUGCUAUAAGCCAGGCUCAUUUGCAGCCUUUAUCCGAGGGACAACAUUUACGAGCUAAGUUGACUAAAUUUAACCAGUAUUUACCAAUUUUAUUUACUGUUUUCCUUCCCUUAAGGAAGGUGGUUCAGCUUUGCUGAGUUCUGAGAGGAGACAUCCAUGCACCAGUGCUGAGAUCAAGUCCUCGCCAGGACACACACGUUACGUGAAAGCCACAAGACUGACCUCUUAACCAGAACAUUGAACAUGAUCCUGCCUGUAGGUAAGAGCACGUAGGAAGACACCAAGUUUAUAGGUAUUUUCUCCCAAAACAAACUUAAAUUACUUAAAAAUGAUAUUGUGACAUUUUAAAGUAAAUAUUUAAUCAAGAAAAACUUAAAACUUUUAAAACUGUUGAUGCUGUGACAGUGCAAACAGCAUACAAUUUAUUGCUCAACUUCUGCAUGGGUACAUACAUUAAGUACUUAAAAACCAUUUUAUACAGAUUUUUUUUUUUGUUAAAGCUCAUGUAACAGCUGGGUGAAAAUACAAUGAUAUCGAUGCUAAAACACUCUGUAAUAAAUACAAUGGAAAUGAUAAACUAAGAACUGUCAGUUUGUGGAGGAGUAAUUACACUUGUAUAAACUAAUUACAGCUACAGACAGAGCUCUGAGGAUGUGGUAGAGCCAGAAACCUACUACGUAGUGUAAAGUACAACCGAUGGCACCUGUUAACUACAUGGUGCUGUUUACAAUCUGAAGCAGCUGGAGCAGCUACGUGAAGCUGUACGGCGCAUACUUGUGAUAGGGAAGCAAAGCUUUUCCUUCCAUCAAUGCAGCCAAGUUUAAACGCACCAGAAGUUCAGAUGUAGUGUUGCAGAACAAGGAUUUAGAAACUGUUUGUGUGCUCUGGACUUUAGUACAACACAAAAAUUUGGUACAAAUAAAUCAGUUUAGGGAAACUGAAACUAUGUGCAAAAAAAAAAAAUACAA